CCACGUCCGCGCGGGCCCACGGAGCAUGGUUCCGGGUCUGGCUCCUAUUACUGAGUCGUUCCCUAGCGUGGAAAACGCUACCACCCAGCAGCCCAAGCCCUCGGUCACAUGGGACCUAAGUUCGCCCUCUGCUCGAGCAGCCGCCGCCCAGGCGACCACCAGUUCUGGCGCUUAUCGGGGCUCGGCCUCCCGGCGCUAUGGGCGCGGCAACCGCCCCGAAAUCAACGUAAAGGCCCAUCCGCAGAUCUGCUUCCUGCAGCCGCGGACCGCGCAGCCGCUAGUGCUAUUCAGCUUGAUGAAUUCCAGUGAAGCAGCAGUGACAAAAUUUUUACCCAAGAGCCAUUUAUCUCGGGUGAUAAUUCGUGACAACCUUGGUGCACAACGACUCUAUGAGAUGGAGAUAAAAGCUUCAGACAAGACCAAGAAAAAGAUGGCCCACUUGUAUGACCACCUGAAAAAAAAGUUCAUGAUGGAUCAGCUCAGGAAGCUGGGGCGCUGGAAACGGGAAUCCAUGAACAUCCAGCGGUACCUGGAUAGCAUCCGAGUUCACAAAGGCUCAUUCCAGGCUAAAAAGAAAAGCCAUGGACAAGUGCCUGCCCCUAGACCAUGA